AUGCGCGGGAGCGGCGCGGGCUCGCGCAGGCCGGCCUCACCGCUGUCUCAGCUGAGGGUGACUGCGCACGCGUGGCUACUGAGUGGACGGACUUGGGCUCGAAGGUUUCAGACGAUUUGUGAAAUGAGUGAUUGUGAUGAUGAGGACAUUCCCCAGCUGUCUUCCCACACCUUAGCAGCCCUCCAGGAAUUUUAUUCUGAGCAGAAGCAGCAAAGCGACCCAGGUGGAGAUGAUAAAUACAAUCUCGGAGUUAUAGAAGAGAACUGGCAGCUGAGCCAGUUCUGGUACAGUCCGGACACAGCCUUGCGCCUGGCGGAGGAGGCCGUUGCCGCCGCUGGAGCACGCGGCAGAAUUGCCUGUGUGAGUGCCCCCAGUGUUUACCAGAAACUGCGGGAGCUACACAGACAAGACUGUUCCGUGUACAUCUUUGAAUACGACCGAAGAUUUGCUAUAUACGGAGAGGAGUUUAUCUUCUAUGACUACAACAAUCCAUUGGAUUUACCGGAACAAAUUGCUGCGCACAGUUUUGACAUCGUAAUAGCAGACCCCCCCUAUCUCUCCGAGGAAUGUCUCAGAAAAAUGUCAGAAACCAUCAAGUAUCUGACUCAGGGCAAGAUUCUGCUGUGCACAGGUGCCGUCAUGGAAGAAGAGGCAGCGAAACUUCUUGGCGUGAAGAUGUGCAAGUUUGUUCCCACACACACCCGGACCUUGGGGAAUGAGUUCCGCUGUUACGUGAAUUAUGAUUCUGGGCUGGACCGUGAGAUGUCAGUGUAGAUAGUAAUAGAACACGGUAAAGGAUCCCGGGUGACAUUUCUCUCUUACUCUUUCCUUGGUAGAUUGAAAAGCUGUAACCUUGUCCUCUCCCUGCAGAAUGGGGGGUGGCCCUGGCCUGACUUUCUAAGUAAAGAACACAACACCUCACAUGACGUCCUAGUUGUGGACGUCUCUGGAGCUCAGAUGCUUCUGCCAAAGAGAGGGUGUGGAAUUGUAGUGGGAGGGAAUCUUAGAACCUGUCUAAAAUCUCCUCUCCUCACCGAAGAACAGGUAAAAACCCGAGUAUAGACAGCCAGUGGCUUGCCCAAGGCCUGGAUUAGGACCCAGGCCUCUGCCUUGGCCGUCUGCCCCCUUCCAGCAGGCCCAUUCUAGCUCUGCCCACUGGGCUGCUGAUUCUUCGCAGCAGCUUUUUUGAGUUUCGUAGGACUUGUGAAGGGCCAUCAUCUGGUCCCACCCAUGAAGGGGACAGCGCUUACCUCUGUGAAAGAAGUGGAUAACUCUUGGAACUAGUAUUGAUUGAUAAUCCUUGGAACUAGAGCCUUCUGGAUUUUUCCUCCUCAUCCCUUUUCCUGGAGGGAGGACAGGAACAGCUCAGGUGCUGCACACUCUGCCCCCUGCAUGCUCCGCCCCGUGCACCUUCAGCUAAAACUGCAUCAGCUGCUCCAAGUGGCUUGAGAUGCCGAAAGUGCCACCAGCAAACCAAACACUACAGCAAAAAGGAGGUGAGAAGUCCACCGGCCUCUGUGCUAGUUCAGAAACUACUCACCAUGCGUCCACAUCGCAGAACAUUUUCUUCCGACACCUGCGGCUUGGGUAGAUUUCAAGGGCCUUGUGCUGAGUGAAAAAAGGUAGUCCCCAAAGGUCACCUAAUGCGUUUCUGUUUAUAUCACAACACUCCUGAAUGGAGAACAGACUGGUGGUUGGCAGAGGAUAAGAUGGGGGUCAGGCAAUGGGUGUGACCCUAAAAGGGAGAUUCAUGGAACCCUUCUGCAUCUUGACCGUGCAGUGUCACACGCAACACACAUGCACAGGUGCAUGCACCACUGCUGAACUCGGAGUAAGGUCUGUGGGUGGCAGCAGUACCCGGUCCCUGGCUGUGAUUCUGCAUUUAUGGAAGACGUCACCGCCCUGGAGAACUGGGUAAAGGAUGCAUGAGACCGCGCUGUAGUAAGUUUGCAAUUUCCUGUGAAUCUAGAAUCAUUUCAAAAUAAAAACUUAAAAAAAAAAAAUUAACCCCUGUGGGAAAAUAACUCUUUCCCACCUCGUGUGAAUCGCUUUGCCAUCAAAACGUGAUAGGCAGUGAUGUGUGUCACUGGCAGGCAGAGCUGUAUUUUUUCUGACAGUUUUCCAGACAUUAGUGCUCUGGCCGCCCAGGCCCCGGAGUGGAGCAGUGGACUGGCAGCGGAUAUGCAGGGGGAGUGAGAAAUAAACAUUUGCUCUCAGAAACCAGAGACCGCAGGGUGGCCCCUCACUGGAGCAAGCCGCAGCCUGGCCUAGGCAGCCUUGAGCUCGGGAGGAGUGGGGGGCUUGCUCUGGUCUGUUACGUUUCAGUCUUCUGUUGUCCUACUUUGGGGUCAUUUUUAAUUUACUUUAAAAAAAAAUCACUUGUGUUCUUAUGAGACAUAUUUUUAUCUGUGUGUGGCACGUGACGUAUUCAAUAAAUGGUCUGUAAAAAAUAA